AUGGAAUGUAUGAUACCACAAGGCUUCAACAGUGCUUGGGAACAGUAUACGGAGAAUCUCUGCUGGGCUGAAGAUACGUACUUCGUGCCACCGCAUAUGUUCGUUGAGAAUGUUUCCGAUGCGGAUCGUAAGGAACGUCGUAUCAGUUACUACCAAUGGAUGCCUUUCUUCCUCCUAUUUCAAGCUGUUUGCUUCAAACUACCAACUUUCAUUUGGAAAUAUCUUGCUGGACACUCUGGAAUGAAAGUCGGCGAGAUAUUGCGAGUUUCAACGGAUCCGGCGAACUCGAAUCCUGAUGUGAAGAAAGCUAAUAUUCAGUCGUUGUGCGUUCACCUACAAGGAGCUUUACGCUUCCACAGACGACUCGUCAAGGUUCGCUUCAAGUUUCUCUGA